AUGUCAACUAGCAAAUGGAAGCAGACCACGCUCUCGUUUGGUCCAGCUCCCCCUCAGAAACUGGACUUGAAGCCAACCAACUCUGGAGAACAAGAAUCGUCCCCCUGCCGAAAACGUAAAGCUGAAGACGACAACGAGGGCAAUCCUGCUGAUACCAUGUCUAGUCCCAAGAGACACAUUUUCCAAGAAGAAGCACCGAGAGUAGACGUGGAAGGCGUAACAUCAACCAAUGUUGAACCUCAACCUUCCAAUGAUGUCCAAGACGUAGAUCAUAAUGUCACAUUGCAGAAUGAAGCUCAGCCUUCCAGCAAUGUCCACGACAAAGAUGCUGACAUUGUUGAGCAGAAUGACCUCGUUGAACAGACCGACUUUGAACAGAACGAUACUCAACCUGGUGUCCAAGAAGAUGAUGCUGUCUCCUUGCCUGACACAACACCUGAUGAAGACUCUUUGGUAUAUCGUGACGGCAGAUUAUAUAAUAGAGCUGGUGAACUGGUGCGGAACAGCAGUGUUGAUCAAGAUGUUGGUGAACAUCAGACCUCUGAUGUGACCGACCAUCAUCCAGAGACGACUAUAGCUGAUCACAUGUCUGAUGAUCCAGAUGAUACAGUUGAUCCAGAUCAGGACGAUCGCAUGGAAAUCAACGGCCUCCUUCAUACUAUUCUACUCGAGUUUGCUGAUGAUUCAACCGCAGCUGUUGAAGACAGAUGGGAUAGGGAUCACGUUCGCUUGCCAAACUCUCCAUGCAACACGUACAUUCCUCAAUCGUUUUCUCCUCCAAUACCGAAAUGGGCUUUGAUUGAAGACACUCUACGCAAAUUCAUCAACGAUUCUCUGUCAGGUCCAUUGCAAAGUGCAGCUGCUAUCGAAGAGGCAAUACUCUCAUACAAUCAAAACUACAGACGCACCUGGAGAUUUGGAGGGCUAUCACAUUAUCUGGACGUCGUAUCGUCGAGGCCAAGAGCCAAUUUCCGGCGGAUCAUUCCUGGAAUUGCCCGUCUCGCGCUGGAUUUACCCAAGUUGAUCAGGCAGCCCAUCCCUCUAUUAAAGCAAGGCAUGAACAUUGCAGUCACUUUAAGUCAAAUGCAGGUUGCUUCACUUCUCGCCAACGCCUUCUUUUGCACCUUCCCUUGUCGAUCUGAACAACGUAAUGGCUCCGAAUAUUAUGGAUACCCUUCCAUCAACUUUAAUGAUUUCUUCAGACUUCAAACCGGAAGAAGCGCCCGACCUCAGCAAGCCAAAUUUGAAGGCAUUCUCAAUUACUUUGAACGAGUGCUGCAAGAUAGACCAUCUGGAAGUAUCACAUUCCAAAGAAGGGCUAUACCAUCGUCAGAAAUGCCUAUCUGGAAGGAGACGGCUAUCCCAUUACGAGGCUUGACAGUCUCUCCUGAUGGUAGAAUCGAGGACGAUGGGGAAGGCAUGCUGCAAAUGGACUUUGCCAACAAGAGUAUUGGUGGAGGUGUCCUCGGCCAUGGAGCUGUUCAAGAAGAAAUCCGGUUCAUUAUCUCCACCGAGUUGAUUCUCUCUCGUCUCUUGGCUCCAGUGCUAGAGAACAACGAGACACUCUUUGUUAUGGGAUCGGAGCGCUUUUCCUCAUACAUAGGCUAUGCUGAAACAUUUCGAUGGGAGGACAACUUUGUUGAUUCCACUGCUCGUGACGGACUAGGCAGACGACGAACAGAAAUUGUGGCUGUUGAUGCUAUCGACUUUAGUAGGAAACCAGCCUAUGAUCAAUUUCGAGAGAGGUACAUAUUGAGGGAGUUGAACAAGGCUUAUGCAGGGUUCCUUCCCUCUACGCUGACCUGUCUUGAUGAAAAUGCGCCGAUAGCCACAGGAAAUUGGGGUUGUGGAGCCUUCAAAGGAGACCUCGAACUCAAAGCAGUCAUCCAAAUGAUGGCAGCUUCGAUUGUAGGACGAGAUUUGGUGUACUUUACGUUCGCAGACCGAAGACUGCCCGAGGAGUCUUUUGUGAAUAUGCACAGCCUACUAAGACAACGAGGUGUCUCGGUAGGCCAAUUGUAUCAAGCUACGAUUGCAUACCACAAUGAACGUGAAAAUAGGAGUUUAUUUCAAUAUUUGAUUGAGAAAUUCAACUAG